AUGCCACCUCCUCCCACUCCCUUCUCUCAUCGUCGGUCACAUCGAGUCAUCACCACAAAUCUUCCUCAGUCUCCACCCGCUUCUCCAGAGUCAUCAGCAUGCAUACUGCGUAAGAUGUCCUUGUCCAAAGGUGCCACAUUCCACUAUUCUUCAUCUCGACCAACCAAGGACGACCCAGUUCUGAGCAUCCCUCAUCUGGCGCAUCGUUCACCAACAUGCUCUUCAUCCACCCUCACUAGCUGGCUGUCUGAGAAAACAGACAUUCCUCAAAGCAUCGCAGACUUCGAGCAUACCUUUUCUGGCGCUCGUGGAAAGAAAACCUCAACUCGCCGUCGAUCUGCACAACACUUUGAACAACUCCCCGUUCGCCGCGUUACACUGCCGUCUGACGAGGGCUUGGGAUCUUCUAUCAGCCCUGCAAGUGAUAAAGGACUUUCCAAGUCUUUUGAAAGAGCUUUGGAUUUGUUGUCGAAUAAGGAUAGUGCCUUGGGCACCUCGAUUAGUGACUCAGUGGAGCAAGUGGGACACCACUCUGAAGAAGACGGUCUUGUUCAAGACUUGAUUCAAGGUUGGAUUGCCCGCUGUAUGAUGAUGUGUGAUGAUAUUAACCCUACCCCUACAGAAGCUGACUCGCCAGACCCAACACUCCGACCCUCGCGGCAACGAGUCUCUAGAAAUUCAAACGGCAUCGUCCGAUCUGCUGUCACUCAAAGCAUCGCUCCCCCCCUUUCUCGACCCGUUGCUCGCCAUCCUGUUUUGAGCACUGUCGCCAGAAAAAAGAUUGACGAAUAUAUAAUCACUCCCAUCCUAGAGGAAACUCGCUUUGAAACUCUUCAUCCUCUUGUCACUGCUCUUGGAUCUAAGGCGAACAAAUCCAUUAGAUGCUUGCGUGAUUUGGAACAAAGUCUCAUUUCACAACCCCUGGUAAGCACGUUGACCUCACAACGAUCCCUCUGGUCUGACAAAGCCAUCAAGACACUUGCCAUCUCAACUCAACUCUAUCGAUCAUUUGGAGAGUUUACUAUCCAACUUGUUGUCGAUACCUAUCAACAGCUCUCUGAAUCAGACCAACGACGAGCUGCUGAUCGUCCCUACGAUAACGGUUACUUUCUUGACUUGGUUCAACAAGUCAACAGAUUAGCCAGCCACAUCGGGUCGUCUAGCUCAGCCCAGCAGACUGAUUCUGCUGAAGAGUCCGACCCAAUGGCUUACUCUCCCGAUGACGAGGUCACCUUGGAAGGUGGCCUCGAUCAGACUGGCCACCUCGCCGAACUUGUCCGCUGGAAGAACGGCAAAGGCAUUUCUCUCAGAACUGGUCAGGUCUACGAGCCCACUCCGGGACUCAAACGACAGAGCAGUACCGCCUUGGAUGAAGAUGUUGAGCGAUCAAUGGCUCGCAGAAAAAAAGGAUAUAUUCCCGAAAUCAUCGAGAUGAAGUGCUCUGACAAAACUUGUGGAAAGAUCUUCACUCGGAAGUGUGAUCUGGCCAAACAUGAGAAGACUCAUUCUCGCCCAUUCAAGUGCCCAGAUGCAAACUGCAAGUAUCAUGAGCUUGGUCUCCCAACAGAAAAGGAAAGAGAGCGUCACUUCAACGACAAACACAGUGAUAGCCCUCUCUUCUUCAAGUGCGACUAUUGUGAGUUCCGCACCAAGCGCGAGUCGAAUUGCAAGCAGCACAUGGAGAAGAAACAUGGUUGGCAUUACGAACGCGCCAAGGGUAAAGACAAGGCCACUCCAGGCAUGACCAGAUUGACACCUGCUCAAACCCCUCGCACCCCAAGCAUUGACUUUUCUCCAAGCCCAGCAGUCUCUAUCAGAACUUGGGACGACACCAGCUCCAUCGCGGGAAGCAUCUCAGGAAGCAUCGCCGGAAGCACUGCUAUGACUCCCUUUGAUCAACCACUCAAUCACUUUGACACUGCCUUUGCACAGGCACCUGUCACCUAUUCCAACCCAAUCUUCCCACGAGCCAGCCGACCCACCCAGUAUGGCCAUGGUGCAGAUGACUUUGAUUUCAACAAUUUCCCUCACAACUAUCACAACUCUGCUCAAGCCUAUAUUUCACCUACCAACACAACUCCCAUCACUCCUCACAUGAUGGGCACACCAAUCACUCCGGCUUAUAGCAACAUCACAGAGCCAUCUCCAUACAGUACUCAUAUGGAUAUUUCCAUGGACUGCAACAAUGGUACUGUGUGGAACACCGGUCUUCCAACACCCGGUUCUUUCCUCCAGGCACACUCACGCAAUCCAUCCAUCUCCGACUAUUCUCCCAUGAUUGCUGGUCCUUCGGGUCAGUCAUUUGGUGAUGAGCCAAUGAUGGGCAAUGACUUUGACUUCCCACAGGGAGACUUUUCAUUGUUUGCUGGUGAGAGUUCCAGUGCAUUCUCAAACCCAGCUGCUGCAAAUGCUACACUCUUCCCAAGUGAGCCUGAAGCAUUUGCCACUUUGGACAACGAUCCAAUGUUCAACGAACAAUGGGAGAACGACAUGUUUGACUUCAACAUGGAUACCAAGCCUCUUGGUAACUAG